AUGCCACUUCCAAUUUCGCGUCCAUUGGAUUACGACAGUGAUCCGGAGAUCCAAGCCGAGAAAGAGCUCGCCAAGAAGGACCCAGCAUUCGCCAUUGAUGAAAACUCGCUGAUUUCGCAGAAGAAAGCCGCUGCUAAUGCGCUCGAAGCGGCCAAGGUGAAAACGGAUGGCGCGAUCGCCGCUCCGAUCACCAAUGGUCGUUCCAAGUCGACCGACGAUGUCACCAAGAAGGCGAAGGUCGGAAACCAGACGAAGGCGUUGAAGAAGCAGCGCUCGCGCGGAAUAUCCGGAUGCUCAUCGCGCAAGUUCUCCGGAUACGACGACGGAUAUGAUCUUGAUGAUUUGGAUUAUGAUUACGAACGCGAUGUCUUUGACGAGUUUGUGCAAGCGAAACAGCCUAAAAAAUUAGCAGUUGAUAUUUCAGAUGCGACGAACAAGAUGAGUAUUUGUAUUCGAAGAAACAUUGAAUCAUCACAAACACUCACUUGGUAG